CGCCAUGGAGUCGUCCUGGUUGUCGCUCGUCCUGCUGGCGGCCUUGGACUUGGCGCUCCAGUGGGGUCUGUGGGUGGCGGCGGCCGCGCUGCGCACAGAGAAGUUCUUCGAUGCGGCGGGAAGCGGAACAUUCGUCUUGCUGGCACAUCUGAGUCUCCAGUGGGGUCACGCACAGCAUCCUCGGCAGCAGGUCCAGACAGCCCUGGUGACUAUUUGGGCCCUCAGGUUGGGGCUGUUCCUCUUCUUACGAAUCUUGAAAGAGGGGCACGACAAACGAUUCAAUGGUAUAAGAGAGAACCCAGGCACUUUUUUUCUUUAUUGGACAAUGCAAGGCAUAUGGGUGUUUAUAACACUGCUCCCCACUCUACUGCUGAACCUGGAGAAAAAUGGGAAGCCUCUUGGAUUCUGGGACUACCUUGGAUGGAGCAUCUGGGCAGUGGGGUUCACUACAGAGGCUGUAGCUGACCAGCAGAAAUGGCACUUCAGAAGCAACCCUGAUAAUGCGGAUAAGUUUAUCCAGAGUGGCUUAUGGGCUUAUAGUCGCCACCCCAAUUACCUAGGGGAGAUUUUGCUGUGGACAGGACUCUUCGUGUCAGCCACAUCAGUGCUGCAUGGGUGGCAAUACGUCAGUGUCCUCUCACCACUGCUGGUUUGGUUCUUACUAAGUCACGUCAGUGGGGUUCCCAUCCUUGAGAAAGCAGCUAUGAAGAAAUGGGGGAAGCAGGCUGCUUUCCAGGCCUAUUUAAGAGAGACUCCCAUGCUGUGGCCUGUCAGCUUGAGGUUGUAGCAGGUCAUACUGCAAUACUUCUUACAAAAUGGACAGCAGUUAUAGGUAAUACAGAACUUUCUGGGAAGAACCAGCCCAGAUGAAUCCAUUCAUCGCAUCUUACAGAUAUAGCACAUUCAACAUCUAACCAUCAAGAACCCCAUUAAAAAUCCACCUUGGCAGAAGGUUUAAUAAUCUAAGCUUUGUAUCUGAUGGCUGGAGAUGAAAAUGGCUGUAAAGUUAAGCUACUUCAUUAUCGCAUUUAUCCAUGCCUUUCCCUGGUACACAAGGGAGAACCUCAAGUGUUCAGCAGUGUGCACACUAAUGGAACACUGGGUUUCAAUUUUUCACAUGACCAAGUUCUAAAUGUACAUAGUUAAAAAAAAAACAAUGGUUUUGCUAAAAAUAGACUAACCAGAAUAGUCUUAAAUGUAGCUUCAAUAUGCACAAUUUCCCUAUACAGUGGAUCAACACUCAUUUCCCCAAGGAUUACGGCUGUUCUUUGAAAUGAGGAUUACUGCCAUUGCCAAAUACAUCCUCUUCUUUCAAACCACAACACACGAAUUAAACAAUAAUGGGGUGUUUUGAACAGAUGGAAGCAACUUCCCAGCUACAGAAAACAUUUUCAAAAGCAACUUCUUGCAGUUUCCCUACUAACAUGCUGAGUGGGUUCUGCCAGUUAUUUCCUUACAAUAAAUGUGAUAUGGAGCUUGAUACUUUACA